AUGUCUGAGACGUCGGAUAAAGCUCAACCCGGUUGGCGAAUCCCUCGGGCAUGUCAGGAAUGCCGCAAACGUAAAAUCAAAUGCAAUGGCCUGACCCCGUGCAAAACUUGCCAAUUGCGCAAUACACCCUGUAUAUACAGAGACUAUAUUCGCCAUCGGCGGAAGAAACAUGAGUAUGAAGAAGCCGGCAAGAGGAAUUCACCUCGUCAAGCCUCCCCAAGUGGAGUCCCGCCAUCGGGGCAGCACACAGCCUCUGUCAUGAAUGACUUCCCAAACAGUGUAUCUGCAACACAUAUGACAUCGCCGUCUUGUCGGAUGCAGCUGUAUUAUGGCCCCACCUCUCAUUUCUCACUCAUGCAGCAUAUCUACCGAGAUCUCAUCUCCAAUCCUACCUCUCACCCUGAACCAUCGGGCGGGGUCGAGGAAGCUGGAGCUGGCUUGGACUUGUUUAGCUUUCGCCGCAUUUUUUUCGGAACCCCAGACUUUCAUGAGAGUACCAAGUCCCUUGGGACAGGGGAGUUGCCUAUGAUGUUCCUGCCGUACGAUCUGGCUAAGCUUUUUCUGUCCCGAUUUCUCUCCAGCUUUUACCAUCUGAUGCCAUAUCGCCCCAAGAUAUAUUAUGAGCAAUGCCUGGACCGACUCUAUAAUUCCUCGCUCACGGAACAUUUAGAUGCUCUCACCCAAGCGAUCGUUCUUCUUGCCAUGGCAAGUGCGGCACUUGGGACUGAACAUUUUGCCUGGGGUGAUGUGCUGUUCGAGCGUGUCAAAGCUUCGUUGACGGCGCUUUACGCCAAUUACCAGAACGAACAAGGUCGGCCCAACUCAGUGUUCUUGCAUUUGGGUUCUGCUUCUCGCAAAGCCUUAUCAGCAGGUCUGCAUAAGGACGUACCCAAUGACGUUGAUCAAACCCCGGAAAACAUCGAAGAACGGCGGGUAACCUUCUGGUCUCUUUACAUAUUCGAAACCUGGUUCUGCUUCCAUGUGGGACGCCCUACCUCCCUUUCCCUUAAAGAUGUCGCCAUCGAGUACGCACAGGAUCCAUUUAUUCAAUUGUUGGUGCAGCUUUGCAAAACCAUUAGUCGAUCUGUCAAUGAGAUAUAUGGCCAGCGGCAUGAGUCUCUUCUGCACAUGUGGAGAGUCGCUCGAUCCAUUGCGGAUGAUAUCCGUGGUCAUGAAGCACAUCUACAACAAGCUUUGGGUCUUGGGCUUGAUGAUGGCAUCCAGGCGGGAUCCCUUGGGGUUCGACAAAUAAUCUUCAUUACCCUAUACUAUCAUACCCUACUUCUUACAUUUCGCCCUUUCGUUAUAUUUCGCGGCCAUUGGCAGCGCGAGCGGAAUAUCGCACCCAACCAGUCUAGCACGAAUGUCACAAAUCGCCCAAGACAAACUCCUUCUUGGCUCAACGAAGCCUGCAAUCACGCCAUCACUGCCGCCCAAAAAACACUCCAUCACUUAUGUGCAGCUUCAAGUGUCAAUAACUUUGUUCUGGAAUUGCGAUACCAUGGUUUUUUUUUUGGCAAUUCUGUAUUUACUCUCAUUUACGAGUUCAUUCACAACCCGGAUGUCGCGCCUGUCUAUCUGCCAUGGGUUUAUGCAUCAUUGCAAACCUUGUCAACCAUGCGAGCCGGGGAUCCGAUCGCAAGCUCAAUUUCAGCCAUACAGACCGUGCUUCACAAUAUCAAUCCAUCGUACGAAUGGGUACCUGUAUUAGCAACAACUGCGGAUAGCAUCGUGCCUCCAGGAAGGUCAGCCAUACAACUAGACCUUACCCCCGACCGCAGGCAUCGGUCGCUUCUCAACAACCCUGCAAUUACUCAGAACCCGUCACUAGGAGUACGGCCUGGUAUACUGACCUCUCCUCGGGACCUUCCACAUGUGCAAAAUCUGGGAACCCCGGAAACUGGAGGCUCUUCUGGAUCCGGGGAAGACUUACUUGAUUUCACUCAGUCUGACAUGGGCUGGGACUUCGAUUUCUCUACCAUGGACCUGGACGCCUUCUUUUCAGUUUAUCAGCCGAAUGAUGCUGCGGCCUUUUGA